CAUUGCGGAAGGCCAAGGGCGGCGGGCGUCCGUCUCGCGCGUUGCCUCAUCUCGACGGCUCCUCCUCCUCCUCCGGCUCCUCAAGUCCUCAUCAUCCUCCUCAUAUAUAAACAGGACGCGGCCGUGGUCCUCAGUCCUCUGUCUCGUCUGGUCCGAGCCGUCAGAUGGGGAGCGAGAGCCAGCAGCAUCAUCUGCUGGCUUCCUCCUCCCACGGGAGCCUGUCGGUCUCCGCUCGGCGAGCGUGAGCGAGACACCAUACGAGCGUCGCUCUCGGCUCUCGCUCCCCUCCGUGUCCUCAGGCUGUCCACCUAGCGCCCGCGAGGAGCGAGAGCGCGACAAGGCUCGCUCUUGGAUCCCCCCCAAGAGCCCCAGACAACAGAACGGAAAUCCCUUUUGGAUCAUUUCUUGGCUUGCGUGGACGCGGGCAGUGGAUUGCGUCUCCGGCGAAGUGCCGUCCCGCCACCGCCACCGCCACACUUUCAGUCCAUAUUUCCGUGGAUCUCAGACGUGUGAUAUUGGUCCCUCAGUGGAGCGGCAGCCUAGAGUGUAGUGCAGUGCAGCAGCCGGUGUCGCUCGCUCCCUCGCUCGGUCGGCGACAUGGACAAGGAGAAGAGGAAGAGGAGGAGCUGGUUCGAGCGCAUCAGGCGGCUCUUCACCUCCUCAUCCGACCCCAAGCAGACGCCCAAACCAGCAGACAAGAAGGCGAAGAGCAAGCGGUGGCUGCCGGGUAAGCUGCGGGCGCAGCAGUCGUUCGCGCUCCCGGCGCCGGCGCCGGCGACGGCGGGCGCGCCCGCGGACCAGAUCAGGCAGGCGGAGGACGAGCAGAGCAAGCACGCCGUGGCUGUCGCCCUCGCCACCGCGGCGGCUGCCGAGGCCGCUGUCGCCGCCGCGCACGCCGCCGCCCACGUGGUCCGCCUCACCGGCCAGCCGCCGGGUGUGGCGCACGUGCCCCGGCAGGUGCAGGUGCAGGAGCAGGAGCACGAGCGCGCCGCCGUCGCCAUCCAGUCGGCUUACCGCGGAUACCUGGCUCGGCGGGCGCUGCGGGCGCUCAAGGGCCUGGUGCGGCUGCAGGCGCUGAUCCGCGGGCAGGCGGUGCGGCGGCAGACGGCGGCCACACUGCGCGGCCUCGAGUCGCUCAUGAGGAUCCAGGCCCGGCACCGGUCCAGGGCCGUCGGCGUCGACCAGCACCACCAGGCGGCCGACGACGACGCCCAGCUGCUGCGGCGCGGCAGGGAGCUCUUUGCCGCCGCCGCCGCCGUCCACGAGCAGCAGCAGGCGAACAAGGGGUGGGACAGCAGCAUCUUGUCCAAGGAAGAGAUGAGCGCCAUGACUCGGAGCAAGGAGGAGGCCGCGCUCAAGCGCGUGCGCGCGCUGCAGUACGCCUCCCUGCACAACGAGAAGCUGGGCCUGGGCCUCCGGCGGCCGCCCUCCGUCUCCAUGUCCAGGGACGAGGCCGACGCGCUGAACCAGCGCUGGAGCUGGCUGGAGGAGUGGGUCGGCUCGCAGCCGCCCUUCGACAAGGACGUCCCCGUCGCGCACCAGUCCCCCUACACCAGCACCGCCGCCGCCGCCGCCGGUGGCGGCGCCAGCGCCAAGGGCGACGAUGUCGUCGACCGGUUCGGCUGCUCGGCGCGCCGGUCGUUCGCCCGCCCGAGGCGCACGCCGGGGAGGGGUGACGGCUACUACGACGACGCGGCGGCGGCGGCGGGGGUGGGGGCGUGCUCGCCGGCGCCGGCGCCGUUCCCGGGGUACAUGGCCUCCACGGCGUCUGCCAAGGCCAAGUUCAGGUCCAUGAGCACGCCCAAGGAGCGCUCCACCGCCGGCGCCUUCGACGCCUACUCGGAGCACUGCUUCCCGUUCGCCGACCGACUGCUCUCGCCGAUCCCGUCCAUGUCGCCCAUCCCCUCCAUCGCCAGCGACGUGGGCUUCGCCAGGUCCACCAGGCCGCCCGUCGCGCAGCGGUCGCCGCGGGUGGUGGCCAAGAGCCCCAUGACGCCCGUGAGGUCGCGCUCGAGGAGGUCGCCUGGACACCACAGCUUCGGCUCGGAGGCAGCGCUGCACCAGCUGCAGAUGGAGCACUACACCCCGGUCCGCUGAGUCUUUUGCUCUUGUGAUGUGAUGCGAUGCAACACCCAACAUCAACAAUGCCGUCCAUCGGUGGUUCCUCCUUGUGAAGAUACAAUUCUUUUGUUUGUUCAGCUUUCUUACCAGAAGGGUUCAAAUGUUUGGAUGCAAGACAAUGGAACUUGAAUCGCAAAUGUAGGUGAUAGCGCACCAUGAAUCCAUGAUGUAAGGACAAAUUAUAUGAAUCAUGACUAUUCUUAAUCAUGGCAUGGCGCAACAACAGCUACUAUUCUCGAAA